AUGGCAACAAAUAUGAAUGUGGUUGUUGUGCAGCAACAACAACAGCCUCAGAUUCAGCCUGUUGUGGUGCAGCCUCAGGUUCAGCCUGUUGUCAUGGUCAGAUCCGACUUGUGGAGUACAGGGCUUUGUGACUGCUUUGACGACAUGAGUGCCUGCUGCUGUGCAUUUUGGUGUUUUCCUUGUUUUGCCUGCAUGACAACUGGGGACUUCGAUGAAUUUUGUGGACUGCCUUGUUUUGACUUAUUCACUUGUGUUCACCCGGUCGCUCUGUCCUUAAGAUAUGGAGUGAGGAAAAAGUAUGGCAUACAGGGGAGCCUCUGCUCUGACUGUGUAUCUGUAACCUUCUGCAACCUAUGCUCAUGGUGCCAGGUGGCUCGUGAAAUAAAGAGACGCAAGCCGACCUUCGUAAUGAUCAGCCCUCAACCCACCGUCAUCCAGAGUCCGGUCAUGCUCGCUAGGGCUAUGUGA